AUGAAGUCGGCUGCUUCCUAUUGGGCUCUGCUCAGCCUCCUCCCUACACUCCUUUCCACCUACUCUGCGUUUGCAGCCGUCCCCAUCUCCGCCAUCAGGAAGACAUCCAACUUGCCCACUGUCGCUAACAAGUUUAUCAUCGAGGUUGAGGAACUCGCUAACAUUCCCAACAAACGGUCUUUCGAACGUGCCCAUGAUGCAGUCUAUUCUGAACUAAGAGCUCGCGAUGUCGAGUUUGAGGUUACGAAGGAGUACGACAGCGAGGGUAUCUUUGUUGGCGCUGCUCUUGUCGUCACUGACGUCAAGGAUGCUGUCGCCAUCGAGAACACCCCCGGCGUCAAGUCCAUCCGUCCGGUCUUGUCCUUCAGGCGGCCCAAGAUCCUCUUCAACCACGUCGUAACUGGCGUUGACGAUCCGGAGCUUCCAGUGGAGCCUCUCUCGACGCAUGUCAUGGGGAACGUUGACAAGGUCCAUGCAGAGGGCAACAUUGGUCGCGGCAUCAAGAUCGGAAUUUUGGACACCGGUAUCGACUAUAACCACCCUGCCCUGGGAGGUGGUAUCGGACCUGAUUUCCUGGUGACUGGAGGUUAUGACUUCGUUGGAGAUGCAUACACCGGAGCGAAUGAACCCGUGCCGGAUUCUGACCCCAUGGAUUGCGAGGGACAUGGAACUCAUGUUGCUGGUAUCAUCUCUGCGCAACCCGGUAAUCCCUAUGGCAUCAGCGGUGUCGCGUACGGCGCAAGCAUCAAUGCGUACAGAGUCUUUGGCUGCGCUGGUAGUGCGACCGAGGAUGUGCUUGUCGAUGCCCUACUCAGAGGUCAUGCAGAUGGCAACGACAUCUUGACUCUUUCGCUAGGCGAAGCCAAUGGUUGGGCCCAAUCUGCCAGCGCCGUCGUCUCCAACAGGAUCGCCGCUACUGGCAAGAUUGUCACGAUUGCUGCUGGCAAUGACGGCUCCUCCGGCUCCUGGUACUCCUCUACCCCUGGAAAUGCCCACAACGCCAUUUCCGUCGCCAGUGUUGCCAACACCGCCGUCCCUAUGCAAAAUGCUACCGUACAUGGGGUUGCCUACAAUCCCAUCACCUACUACAGGACCAACCCCCUUCCGACUGAAGGCUCGGAACUGCCUGUCUAUGCUACCUCCAACUCAACGACUGUCACCAACGACGCUUGCGACCCUCUUCCCACCAGCACUCCUGAUCUCUCGCCUUACGUCGUCAUUAUUCGCCGAGGCUCUUGUACCUUUGUUCAGAAGCUCUCCAACGUCUUUGCGAAGGGUGCCACGGUUGCUUUGAUCUACGACAACGGCAAUGGUUUCUCCCCAGUUGCUCUCGGUGAUUUCAACGCCGCGUUGAUCCAGUCCUUCGAUGGAGAAUUUAUUGUCCAACAAUAUGCCGCUGGAGCCCCCAUCAGGCUUUCUUUCCCCCAAGCUGGCGCUUCGACGAACUUCCCUGAUCCUCAGGGUGGACUCAUGUCUUUCUUCUCUUCGUACGGUCCUUCGAACGACUUCCAAUUCAAGCCUGCAGUCGCUGCCCCUGGAGGAGGUAUCCUUUCGACCAUCCCUGUCGACCAAGGCAGCUACGGCGUCAAGUCUGGUACGUCGAUGGCCACUCCUUACAUGGCUGGUACCGCUGCUCUCCUCCUCGCUGCCAAAGGCAAGACGCCCGCCGUCGCAAAGAGUGCUCGCGAUCUAUUCGAGACGACCGCGAACAAGAUCUCAAGCUCCAAGACCGAUGGCGAUCCGUUCCAGACUCUUACGCAGGCCGGAGCUGGGUUGGCGGACGUUUACAAGGCUAUUCAUACCACGACGAUCGUUUCGCCCGGAGAACUGAUCUUGAACGAUACGGCCAACUUCAAGUCUUUCCAAACUUUCACCAUUGAGAACAAGGGAAAGACACCGAAGACGUACAAGCUGACCCAUGUCCCUGCUGGCACUGCGUUGACCCAGAAGCCCAACUCGACCUACCCUGCUUUGGGCCCUGUUCCUCUCUCUCCGGCCGCUGCUUCCGUCGUCAUCGUCCCUGAUACGGUCUUCCUUCUUCCGGGUACCAAACUCCCAGUUGUCUUGCACUUCACACCCCCGCGCAACGUCGACGCGUCCCUCUACCCUGUCUACAGCGGCUUCGUCGAUAUCACCAGUGGUUCGGAGAUCCACCAUGUCUCAUACCUCGGCCUCGUCGGUAGCCUGAAGAACAAGCCCGUCUUCGAUAACACUCCUGAGUUCUUCGGCUUCCGCCUGCCUGCUCUACUCGAUGGAAACGAUCAGCCUCAGGCCGUUCCUUCAAAUUACACAUUUGCUGGCGGUAAUAUUCCAUCGUUGCUCUGGAGAUUGGUCAUGGGGACGCCUGCCCUCCGCAUUGAUCUCGUCGAUGCUAACAUCAACUUCAAGCCGACGCUGCAGAGUCGCGAUGUCGACUUCGAUAUUGGCUCGCUCUUCACCUUUCCCUGGCUGAACCCAGGCGGCUCCUUUGCCCAAGUGAAGAUCGUUGGCACACUUGCUUCCUUCGAUUAUAUCUCUCGUCAUAACGAGGAUCCUGAGGAAAAUGCAUGGAGUUUGUUGAGAUUGAGGGCACCCACCUUUGCCAACGGCACUACCAUCACCAAUGGUCAAUACCGCGUCCUCUUCCGUGCUCUGAAGGUGACAGGCAACUCCAAGCGCCAGGGAGACUACGAAUCGUGGCUUAGCCCCGUCUUCGGUAUCAGUCUCUAA